GAAGAAACCGAAGGCGAGAAGGUCACCGAUCCAAGAUACGGCGCCUUUCUCGUCCUCACCCUGAUACCUGUUGCUGCAAACUCAUCGGUACCCCAACACCUCAGGCCUCCCGAAGAGGAUUUCAAGGUCGAGAGGGCCUACAAUGCCACAGGCCUUGGCUGCAGUUGCCCAAAGAAGUCGGCAACCUGCAGGAAAACGCCCCCGUUCCCGCUGGACGAGUGGCCGCGUUCGUACCGUGCAGCUCCUGCAGCUCUCCGAAGGAGAGCUGCCGAAUGCGAUGGCUCAGACGUACUUCUCGGUAUAUCAGUGUCUCUUCCUCUUUGUCUUCAGCUCUGUCGCGAAGUGCCCGAGUGUCAGUUCGUCGCCUACGGGAUUGGCAAAAAGAGAGGGCAAUGCCACUGGGAAAUCAACGAAUGCCUGGACUUCGAGGACGACUCUUACCUGGUCUUC